UAAGAACCAAAAAAAUGGAUAAAAACGUACCUAAAUUGAUAUCGAUCGUCGAGACUGCAAAGUUCUACGCAUCACUAUGCCUUGGAACUGUGGCCUUCGUUUCCGUCUUCGCCUUCCUGUUCCUAAUUCCAUUUGUCGUUGACCCCGCCAUCUCCAGUUUGAUGGCGAAUUACGAAACCGAGGCCGUUACAUGCGUCGCGACGCACCAUAUUUAUGCCGAAGGACUCAGGAAUUGUUCUUGGGCUUCUUGUAGAGAAGGCUGCACCAGCCAAGUCACCAAGUGCCACCAAAUUUUGGUGAAUUACUCACGGUUACCGUUCCGCGAAUACAAAUCCAAAGCUAUCUUAGAUUGGGACGUUGCCCAUACUAGACUUUUAGUAAACGCCGAAGGUUGUGGAUAUCCACCGAGUGUAAAUUGUACCGAAUUUGCUCAGCAAUAUGGAUAUGAAAGUGCUGGGACUCCCUUUCCUUGUUAUUACAGCAAAGUUUAUCCAGAUACAGUAGUGGCUAGAUAUUCGUGGGAUGACACCUUGAGACAGCUCAUUCUUUCUAUAGCAAUACCUAAUUUACUUUUUGCAACAUCAAUAGCAAUUUUAAGUUACUGGUACUGUCCGGGAUGUGGACGUACUUGUAACAAAUACAUGCAUCAUUUUCCACAUGUAGAUGAAGAAGACGACGACGAGGUCUACUGACGGUUACAGAACUUUCUGAAAACUUAGCGCUACACCAAGCUUCGGCGAUACGACGCGGACUUCCAGUUAGAGACUUAGUGGUGCAAAGAUCUUCGCAAACUAAAACGGUUUCCUCGCACAAUUCUAGUUCGCUACUCGCAAAAAAUUUAAAAUAAACAAAUUCGCCAUUCGUUACUUUUCCAAAACGUUUUCGACGAUCGAGGACUAAACGCGUAGUGAAUCGGAAAAGUAAUACGAGAAACGUUGUACAAAUUUAAUCUUUAUCAUAGUUCUAGUCGAUUAUGUUAGUUUAUAGUUAUAAUCAAUAAUUAAUUAAUAAUUAUACUCGACUUUAAUCUUCAAAUGUUGUUACGAAUGACACUGCAAUAAAAAGUUCUUUCUUUUUAUCGAAA